CUCCAUUGCGCAUGACUGUACGUCGUAAUAUGAAGUAGGCCUCCUGUUUUCCUCCCCGAGCCGGAGUCCUCCUGGCCCCCGCCGCCGCCUUCGCGCUCCAUGCGACGCUACGACCGAGCGAGCCGCACCACAAGCGAGGGCGAAGGACUCGGCGAGGUGAGGUGUGGCUCACACACAAAAGGACAGCCUGAGUAACGCCAGCGUCAAAAGGGCAUUCCAGUGAGUUUCCAUGACCGCCAUGGCUUUCCUGUGGUCUGGUGACCCCUGAUGACUUUGGCAUCAGCACUGACCCCAAAACGUUUCCUCCAGCAAGCCCUGAGAAAAGACAUAAACUCACGCCGUGCAUGAGCUGCAGUGGGGUGGACUUCCAAAUGCCUACCUCACGCCAAAAGAGCCAGUCACCACAUCCACAGCCCUGAUCAGCAGCCACCAUGACAUCAAGCAUAGGGGAUGAUUGUAGCAUCUUUGAUGGGUUGAUGGAAGAAGAUGAAAAGGACAAAGCAAAACGCGUGUCCCGUAACAAGUCAGAGAAGAAGCGGCGAGACCAGUUUAAUGUCCUCAUCAAGGAACUUGGCACCAUGUUGCCAGGCAACACCAGAAAGAUGGACAAGUCCACCAUCCUGCAGAAAAGUAUCGACUUUCUGUGUAAACACAAAGAAAUCGCUGCCCAGUCUGAGUCCAGUGAGAUUAGACAGGACUGGAAACCUCCAUUUCUUAGCAAUGAAGAGUUUACCCAGCUUAUGUUGGAGGCUUUGGACGGCUUCUUCAUAGCAAUAAUGACUGAUGGGAACAUCCUUUACGUGUCAGAGAGUGUUACCUCAUUACUGGAACAUCUUCCUGCGGACUUGGUGGACCAGAACCUGCUAAAUUUCCUGCCAGUUGGUGAACACUCAGACGUGUACAAAGCCCUGUCGACACACCCCAACGACCUGGAGAGCGUCACGUCCGAUUAUUUAAAGAGUAAAAACUACAUGGAAUUCUGUUGUCACAUGCUGCGAGGGUCCAUCGACCCGAAAGAAUCUCCAAUCUAUGAAUAUGUGAGCUUCAUUGGCAACUUCAAGUCGCUCAACAACGUUCCCAAUGUGACGAGGAACGGUCUGGCAGGGGUGUUACAGCGCUCGCUACAGCCCGCCUUUGACGACCAGGUGUGCUUUGUGGCCACUGUACGGCUCACCAAGCCUCAGUUUAUUAAGGAAAUGUGUACAGUAGAAGAGCCUAAUGAAGAAUUCACAUCCAGACACAGUCUGGAAUGGAAGUUCCUAUUUCUAGACCACAGAGCUCCACCCAUCAUAGGCUAUCUGCCGUUUGAGGUCCUGGGAACUUCCGGUUACGACUAUUACCACGUGGACGACCUGGAGACGCUUGCAAAGUGUCACGAACACUUGAUGCAAUACGGCAAAGGGAAGUCUUGCUACUACCGUUUCCUGACCAAAGGUCAGCAGUGGAUAUGGCUGCAGACGCACUACUACAUCACUUACCACCAGUGGAACUCUCGGCCCGAGUUCAUCGUCUGCACACACACAGUCGUCAGCUAUGCAGAAGUGAGGGCAGAGCAGCGAAGGGAGCUUGGCAUUGAAGAGUCCAACCCACAGGUGGCCAUGGAUAAGAGCCAGGAUUCUGGUUCAGAGCUGAACACAUCCAGCCUGAAGGAGGCAUUGGAGAGGUUUGACCGCAGUCGGACAGCCUCAACCUCUUCAAGAAGUUCCCACAAGUCCUCAUCGCAUGUAUCCGACAACACCUGCACCUCCUCCAAGAUACACAUGGACACGGCCACACCUCCGCGACGGUCCCUGGCCUCAACCAUGGAGGUGACGUCACAGCGCCGCUCGUCCAUUAGCAGCCAGUCCAUGAACUCUCAGACUACCAGCCAGAGUGUCACUCCAGCCAUGAUCACGCAACAACAGCAGCAGCAACAAAAGCAACAACAGCAGCAGCAACAACAACAACAACAACAACAACAGCAGCAGCAGCAACAACAACAACAACAACAGCUGCAGGCAAAUGUACAGGUGAGUGGUGAAAUAACAAUUGGUGGCUACCAGCAUGCACGCUUCUUAAAGCCGUUGUUUGUGCAGCCGGUGAUGGAGUUCUCGGCGCAGGUGAACGCUAUGCAGCACCUGAAGGAGCAGCUGGAGCAAAGGACCAGAAUGAUCCAGGCCAACAUUCAGCGCCAGCAAGACGAGCUAAGAAAUAUCCAGGAGCAGCUGCAGAGAGUCCAGGGCCAGGGUAUCCAAAUGUUGCUGCAGCAGCAGGGGGGCACCAUGAAUGUGCAGCUUCCCCAGGUGGGGCCGGUCCAGCAGACCACUGCCCUGAGCGCUCAGGUCCAGCAAGCGGCCAUCAAUCCCGUCCACUCGGGAACGCAGCAGCUCACUAUCCAGCAGCAGCAGGCCCCUCCCACUCAACAGAGCCUUCAGCAGCAGCAGGCCCAACGACAGCCUCAGCAGCCUGCCCAGGCUCAGCCGCAGAGCCAGAACCCUGUGCCAGCCCCGCUCUACAACACCAUGAUGAUCUCCCAGCCGGGCCAACCCAACGUGCUGCAGAUAAGCACCAGCCUGCCGCAGAACAACACGCCGCAAGGCACCACCGUGGCCACCUUCACGCAGGACCGCCAGAUCCGCUUCCCAGCAGGGCAGCAGUUGGUGACCAAGCUGGUAACGGCUCCCAUGGCGUGUGGUGCCGUCAUGGUGCCCACCUCCAUGUUCAUGGGCCAGGUGGUCACCGCCUACAACCCCUUUGGAGGGCAGCAGCAGGGAGGACAAACCCAGACUCUCACCCUCCAACCAGCGCCUCCUUCCCAGGGGCAGCAGGACGGGCACAACCAGACAGCUGUAGUGGCGCAAAGCAGCCAGCAGGGGCAGCAACAGCAACAGCAGCAGUUCUUACAGGGCACCCGUCUUCUCCAUGGCAACCAGUCCACCCAGCUGAUCCUGCAGGCAGCGUUUCCACUCCAGCAGCAAGGCACCUUCACCCCGGCGACACACCCACAACCGCAGCAGCAGCAACAACAACAACAACAAACAAGGCAGCAGCAACAGCCGCAGCAGUCGUCUCACCACCAGCGGCACCAGCAGCAGCUCAAACCUCAGCCCCAGAAGGUGCAGAAAGCGCCAUCGUCGCACAGGACUGACAGCACCAGCAGCCAGCCGCAGUGAAGUCACGCUCAACAAUUCAGGAAGGACAAAAAGAUGUACUCGUCCGGAAGGCCAGACAGCGCCAUAGACGUUCACCUGGCAACACCCCCCCCCCCCCCCCCCCCCCUUCGGAGGGAGGGGCUUGGUGACCUUGUACAAAAGUCCUGUAUGAUAUGACCUCGUGUACAUACCCAACAUAGCCUCCGGGAAACAGAAAUGUAGUAUUUUAUAUGAUUGCAUGGAAACAAUAAUGUGUACGCUUUUAUGGAAACCUUUUUACUUGCUUCAAAGCCCCGCCCCUAUCCAGAGUUGAAAAUGCCCCGGGGAGAAAAUGUGAGGGUUUUUUUUUGUUUUGUUUUUGUUGUCAUUUCCCAAGUGCUUUUAAGCACUCUUUGACGCUAAACUUCCUGAUUCCAGUCCAACUGAGAUGUUCCAAGUGCCAAUUUGAGGAUUUUGUCUUUCAAAUUUGCUCUUUUCCUAACACGCUCAUACACGUGUGUGUGUGUGUGUAGAGUAUAUAGAAGGGAUUAUUGUUAACAGUCCGAGAGAAACCUAUACGUCAAAACAUUUAUCCUCAUGCAACUUUAGCACUUGAUGUGGUUGUGCACAGUAAGUCACUGUCCAAAUGUGUGUGUGUGUGUGUGUGUGUGUGUGUGCGUGUGUGUGUGUGUGUGUCACAGUAAUCCACUUAGUAAGGGUCGGGGGUGGCGAGACGGUACUUGUACUCUCAGGAAUGUGGAAUGAAAGUUUUUAUUUUUGCCUCAGUCCGCCAGCAGACCGUGAAGGGUUAACGGCCACACCGCAAAAACACGUUAACGGGGGUGUCCAAAGACUUUGGCAUAGAACAUUUUUGUGCUAAUUUUGCAGGCAAAUAUUUUGUACCUUGACGGAUGCUACUUGUUAGCACGCCAGCUUUUUAAAGCUAGUUUUAUUGCUCUACACCAGUCCUAUUUGGUACUUGACGUAUGCUAACAUCACCGUGCUAUCUUUGUUUUAAGGCUAAUUUAGCAACUGUCAUAUAUGUUGGUAUAUCAUUAAAGCUGGCUGUUAGCAUGCUAACUGUUUUAGCUAAUUUUGCCUACCAAAAUAUUAGACACUGAAGUAAAUACCUGCUAAAUUAGCCUUAAAUCAAAGCUAACAUGGUAACAUUAGCAUACGUCAAGUACCAAAAAAUGAGUUCAAAAUGCUAGCAUGGUAGGCAAAAUGAGCUAAAAUACUUAGCAUGCUAACAGUUAGUUUUAAUGAUACAUCAAUAUAUAUAACAGCGAAGUAUGUACCUGCUAAAUUAGCCUUAAAACAAAGCUAGCAAGGUAACGCAUUUUGAACUAAUUUUUUGGUACUUGACGUAUGCUAACAUUACCAUGUUAGCUUUGUUUUAAGACUAAUUUAGCAGGUAUAUACCUCAGAGUGUAAUAUGUUGGUGUUUCAGAAAAGCUAACUUUUAGCAUGCUAACUAUUUUAGCUCAUUCUGCCUACUAUGUUAGCAUUUUUAACACUUUUAUUUGGUACUUGACAAAUGCUAAUGUUAUCAUGCUAGCUUUGUUUUAAGGCUGAUUUAGCAAGUGUCAUAUAUGUUGGUAUAUCAUUAAAGCUAACUGUUAGCAUGCUACUAUUUAACUAAUUUUGCCUACCAUGCUAGCAUUUUUAACACUUAUUUUUGUACUUGGUGAAUGCUACAGUUCACAUAUCAGCAUCUUAGCUUUUUUAAGACUAAUUUAGCAGUUGUAUACCUCAGUGUCACAUAUUUUGGUGUUUCAUUAAAGCUAACUGUUAGCAUGCUACCUGUUUUUUGUUACUUGAGGCUAUCUGGCCAACGUGCUAACUGUUAGCAUUUCACAUGACAUGUUCUUUAGGCAAUAUCUAUAUGUCGUACUGGUUGUGAAGGGGACAACUACCAAAAUGGCCCUCGCAUCCCUUGAUUGGUCAGUCUGUGGUAAUGUUUAGGCACCCCCGGUCUGGGGAAAUACACAAAAGUCUCAAGCGGUGAGGAAAAAAAAUCAGGAAAAAAGGCCAGCGUGAAACUAGUGGCGUCAGCAGUUAACCCUUCUGGUCCUGGUCGGACCUCAGAAAUGUUCAUGCAGUUAAACUUCAGACGUCUGUCAGUUCUCACGCAGCAGUCCAAAGCCGGACCAAGUCCGCCUUUCCUCACUACACCUGUAAGCCAUACCCAAACGCAAACGCCUCGGUUCCUAGUGAGUGUUCAGGAGUGAUUGUUGUGGAAUGUGUGUGUUCUUGUAUUUCUAGCCUUCUUGAGACAUGAAGAAGGAAAAGUAUCUUCCAUGUGAGGAAGUGUGAACAAGUGAUGACAUAAAUGAUGGUCCAAAUAACAUUGCAUCUAAUAGACAAUGUCUCAUUUGUGGUGACAUCUAUCAAAAUGAGGGUGGUCCCAAAAUGGAGCGAUUUUUCACAUUGACUGUCAUAUUUAAAAGUGCUCCCCCUCUGGUCAACAUAUGAAAUAAGUGUGUGUACAAAUUGAAAGGGCUCCCCCUUUGGUCAACAUAUGAAAUAACAAGUGUGUGUACAAAUUUGAAGUGCUCCCCCUCCGGUCAGCAUAUGAAAUAACAAGUGUGUUUCAAAACUUGAAGUGCUCCCCUCUGGCCAAAAUUUAUAUAUAUAUAUAUAUAUAUAUAUAUAUUUAGAGAGACAUGCUUUAAAAACUUGAAGUAAAUAAUGAAGAUUAAAAACCAAUUGCAAACAAAAAAAUUCAACAGAAAAAAUAUACUAAAAAUGAACUCAAAAGUUCAUUCAAUUUCAAAUCCUCAAAUGCAAAUCAAAAAACUCAUUUUGGGCCAUUUUUUGGAUUUUUUAUUUCUUGAACAGUAGUUGGACAACUAUUUAAUGACACUUUAAAAAUAAAAAAGACAGUAGGACUCCUGCUGAACAAAGGUGGUAGCUUUAUGCUAAAAAUAUGCUGAAGGCGACGAAAAGCUAAAAUAUUGCUUCCGGUUCAAUUUGUCAUCACACAGAUAAACAUGCAUUUUUGCAUUUUGGAUAAACACCAACUGGAUUUUUGUGUUUAUCUGGAAAAACAAUCUUUCAAAUGAAAACAGCACAAAAUAUAAUUUUAUGGCAACAUUUUAAUGCAAAUCAACCCUUUUUUGUUUGUGUUCAAAAUUGAAAAAAAGAGUUGUUUUCAUUAGAAUGUUGCCAUAAAUUUGUAUUUUGUGCUGUUUUCCUUUUAUGCAACACAAAAAUCCAAUUCAUUUUUAUCCAAAACGCGAAAAUGCACGAUUAUCUGUGUGAUGACAAAUUAAACCGGAAGCAAUAUUUUAACUUUUUAUUUCCCUUUAGCAUAAUGCUAAAAACCUCUAGUCCUAUUGUCGUUUUAAAAAAGUAUCAUUAAUAGUUGUCCAACUUUUGUUUCAGAACUGAAAAUAGAAAAAAAAUGGUUUGAAAUUAAUUUUUUGAUUUGGAUUUCAGAAUUAAAAAUAGAAUGAACACGGAACUAAAAGCUCACCUUUUUUUCAUAUUUGCAUAGUAUGUAUAUAUUAUUAAUGUUGUAAAUACACCUCUUUGUAAGGGUGCUCCUGAAGGAGGCUUUUUUCUUAGGUCUCAAGAAGGUAACAAAUACAAAUAUGUAUGUGUGUGUGAAUAUCGUGUCUCUUGGUGGCGGUAUCGGUAUCGGUCCGCCCUGGCGAUAGCCAAUCAGUUCUUGCGUUGCAGUAUGAAGGCAAUUGUGAUAUUCAAGAAACUUUCCCGCCAGUUGGGCUCAGUGUUCUGGAAGCUCCAGUGUGGGAAUGUCCACUUGACUGUGUGUGUGUGUGUGUGUGUGUGUAUUAUUUUCACAAGGAAAUAUAAGAGUGUGUGUAAAGAAUGGAUGUGAUGCCGCACCUUGGUCCCUCAUAAGGAAAUAUAAGAGUGUGUGUAAAGAAUGGAUGUGGUGCCGCACCUUGGUCCCGCCCACCCACUAAAGCCCCGCCCACCCAGCGCCUCAAAAUGACUCUUCUCUCCAAAAUAAAAGCUUGUUAGCGAACACAGAUCAUCUAUUGUGUGCGCGAGGCGUCACUCUUGAUGUUCUGCUUCUUUGCUUAGUGUGUCACUGAGAAGCCAGCCCAAAGAAUGUAAAGGUGUGAUUUUUGUUGUUGGUUUUUUUAUAAAAAAAAGAAAAAGACAAGUGGAUGUUGUUGAUUAUGUGAAGGAUGGAAAAAUAAGGGUGUGCAAAAAACAAACAAAAAAAACCUAGAAUAUAAUAAUUUUAUGAACAGGUUUUAAAAGACGUCUAGUACUUAUUUCCCCAAAACAGAUAUUUUAAUUUUUUAACGUGGAUGUGUAUGAUUUAUGAAAUCACUGACAAGACAGCGAGCCCCCCCCCCCUGUUCCCCCCUUGCAGAUUUGGUUGACAAAGUGUGUAUACAAAACUAUGUAUUAAGUGUAAAACGGUGCUAUGCUUUUCUGUACUGUAUGUGUGCGUGUGUGCUCCUCUCAACUAGCCCAAAGUCAAAUGUACUAUUAAUCAUCAAUAUUUUCAAGUUGAAAAAAAAGAAGCUAUUAUUAUAACCGCCCUGCCCCCUCUCAGUCAAUUUGAAAAUAAACACAGCUGCAAAUAUGAUUCAUCAAAA